AAUACAGAAUUUCUAUGCUUCCAGUCUGAUUCCGGAAUUUCGUCUGCGAACUCGUCGCUUGGGACUCCAAUCAGUCGGAACGCAGUCAGAGGCUAUAAGAAGACGUACUGCUCCAUCUGUAAAAUGCAUAUCAACAAAGAUGGCAAGAGAAGUCAAGGGCCACGGCGUCAUCUGUUACAGUAUCAUGUGCGGCGACCGUUGUUCCAAUGCCCUCACUGCUCCCAUGCCUCAUUCUAUGACAAAUUCCACGUUACCAGUCACAUGCGACGAAUCCAUCAACGCUGUUUCGGUGGAAGGAAGACCAACACUGGAAGCGAAUUGAAACAGUCAUCGCAGAAAUCCCCUAGUUCCUACACCAGUCGGUCAAGCUUCUCACCACCUCCAGUGCUCACACCAGAAAUUCAUGAUCAAGAAAAUGUCAAUCCGUACGGAGUCGUGCAGGCUCCAGAAUCGCCGAUAGAAACUCCUGUCAAAGCUCCGUUGAAAAGACGGAAAAUGGGUUUCAUGGUGGACGACAUUUUACAGCCGAGUCCAAAGAAGGCUGUCAUCGCUCUCCGAUCAGAAGGACUUGAGAAAUGA